UCUUCCUCGCGCCGCCGCCGCCGCCGCCGGGCGGGCCAUGGCGGAGUGCCUCGCUUCCGCCUUCCGCUGGCCGGGCCUCGAGCGCCUAGCCGUCUACGCCUUCCCGCGCGGCGCGGCGGCGGGCGGCGCCGGGGCCAAGCAGCCCGCGCACGUGUUCCCGGACCCGGAGCCCGUCCGGGCGCUGCUGACGGCGAGCCGCGUCGUGACCCUCCACGCCAAGAACUGCCUGGCGCAGAGCGGCCGCGGCUACGGGCUGCUGUUCCCCGCCCUGACGAGGCUCACUGUCGAGAUCACGCCGCGGGUCAGGGCCGUCUUCCCGAGAUCCUACUUCGGCGACCUCUUGCUGUCGUGCCGGGAGCUCGUGUUCCUGCGCCUCGUGUCGUGCUACGUCGCCGGCUCCGCCGCGGCGCGGCCGUCCCCGUUCGUGGUGGAUCUGCCGCCGUCGUCGAAGCUCCGGGAGCUGAUCCUGGAGACCUGCAGCUUCGUGGAUCUCAGGCUCGUCAGCGCGCCGAGCCUCGAGAGGCUGGUCGUCGAGAGAUGCGAUCUGCUCUCGUCCCUUACUGUGGGGAUCGCUCCGAGGCUCGCGACCAUGGUGUGGCACGGCGUGCCGCCGCGGAUGUAUGGUGGAGGCACGGCGAGCCUCCGGUUCGUGGAGCUGAGAGACUGGGAUGAGUACAACCGGGUAUCGGAGAAGCAGCUAGCAUCCUUCUUCCUGAGCCUUCCAAAGGUCGAAGUGCUGGAAUUACGCUACCUGGAUCCUUCACGGUUUUUAGUUCAUCCUACCUUUUCGCCGAUUAGGUUAGAGAAUCUCAAGAAGUUACUGAUAGACCUUCCAAGAGUGUGGCCGCUCCAUCGGAUCAAGAAAUUACUGGCAAAGUUACUGGAAAUUGCAACAUGCUUGGAGAAGCUUCACAUCCACUUUUUUGCAUUGUCAUCGGGGACAUCAGAAGAAUGGGACACGGGUACUCCUCAUGACGACUCUGCAGAUGAUUUUCAGCACACUUUCCUGAGGCAGAUUGUGAUGGAUAGAUUUGAAGGGACAAAGGAUCAAAUUGCACUGAUUAGGCUUUUAUUGAGUUCAUGCGGGGCUCUGAAAACCCUCCUCUUAAUUCGACACCGUGCUUUGCUAGAGGUAAAGCUGGGCCGACAGGGAGGCAUUGCAUGCCCAUCAUGGUUGAUGGAAGACAAGAAAGCUGAAUUCGUCUCUCAGCUUAGAGAUGGAAUUUACUCGUGCCGAAAUCGUUUUAAAAUAAAAAGGAGGCAUGUGACUUUUUGUAUUAUGUUUGUCCAACGAUCUCCGUUUUCAUGGAAAUCUUCAUAAUUGCAAGCUGGCAAAUUUGGAAAAUGUGGAAUGGUAAAACUUUUGAAGGUCGAAUGUCAACUGUCAUCUUUGGGUCGUGUGAAUUGUGAUUGAGCUAGCUGUCCUCCAUGUUCACAGGAUCAAGGAGGACCAUCAAUUUCCCAAUGGCAAGAAACAAUUGCAUAGAUUGA